UCUCAUCUCAUCCCCCAUUGGGCUCCCCCCCCCCCCCUCUCCUCCCUCGCAGUUGUCAAGAAAACUAGUUAAGAAGCCCGGCUUCGGCUUGUCUUGCUUUUACUUGCUUUUCCUUCGCAAGCUCGAUCUUUCGACAUCGUUGCCGCGCCGCAAUCUCACUUCGGGCCUUGUCAGACAAGACAUCGAUCAGAUCUCGGAGACAACAUUUCUUUUAUUUAUUUUCUCUUGCCGAUUAUAUUCCUUAUCUCUGGCAAAGGCUACCUCAUUCCCAAAUUCAAUAUCGACUGUUCGAAACAUUAGGGAACUGGAAAAAUACAGAAAGGACGAAAAAUUUCGUGCAAAAAUGGGGUUCGUCCAGAAAUGGAACGCCAAGAUCGCCGCCGGCCCGGUUGGUCGGUGGUUCCAGCUCGAGGGCUCCGGUCAUCCCUGUGAGCGCAUCGGAUCACUCUUCUUCACUGAAAUGCGCGCCGGUCUCGUCGCCUUCUUCGCCAUGGCCUACAUUAUCGCCGUCAACUCCUCCAUCGUUGCCGACUCCGGCGGUACUUGCGUCUGCCCGCGCACCGCCGACGACUUCACCUGCGACAAGGACCAGGACUACUUGCUCUGCGUGGCAGAGGUCAAGCGCGACAUCGUCACCGCCACCGCCGCCAUCUCGUCCCUGGCCACCUUCUUCAUGGGCCUCCUCGCCAACAUGCCCGUCGGUUGCGCUCCCGGUAUGGGCUUGAACGCCUACUUUGCCUACUCCGUCGUCGGUUAUCACGGAACCGGUGCCGUCCCCUACCAGGUCGCCCUUACCGCCAUCUUCAUCGAGGGCUUCAUCUUUUUCGGCCUCGCUCUGCUCGGUCUGCGCCAGUGGCUUGCCCGCGCCAUCCCGCGCUCCAUCAAGCUCGCCACCGGUGUCGGUAUCGGUCUGUUCCUCACCCUCAUCGGUCUCACCUACAGCGAGGGUAUCGGUCUGAUUGUCGGCGCCACCUCCACCCCCCUCGAGUUGGCCGGCUGCAUUGCGAGCGAGCAAGUCGACGGCCUCUGCCCGUCCUCGACCAAGAUGCGCAACCCCACUAUGUGGAUCGGUAUCUUCUGCGGUGGUAUCUUCACCGUCAUGCUCAUGAUGUACCGCUUCAAGGGCGCCAUCCUAGCUGGUAUCAUCCUCGUCAGCAUCAUCUCCUGGCCCCGCGGCACCUCCGUCACCUACUUCCCUGACACCCCCAUCGGCGACUCCAACUUUGACUUCUUCAAGAAGGUCGUCGACUUCCACCCGAUCCAGAGGACCCUCAACGUCCAGGAGUGGAAUGUCGGAGGAUACAGCGGUGCUUUCGGCCUGGCCCUCAUCACCUUCCUGUACGUCGACAUUCUCGACUGCACCGGUACCCUCUAUUCCAUGGCCCGCUUCGCCAACCUCAUCGACGAGGAGACCCAGGAUUUCGAGGGCUCAUCCGUCGCCUACAUGGUUGAUGCCCUCAGCAUCUCCGUCGGUGCCGUCUUCGGUACUCCCCCCGUUACCGCCUUUGUCGAGUCCGGUGCCGGUAUUUCUGAGGGAGGCAAGACUGGUCUGACUGCCAUGGUCACCGGUAUCUGCUUCUUCAUCUCCAUCUUCUUCGCUCCCAUCUUCGCUUCCAUCCCCUCGUGGGCCACCGGCUGUGUGUUGGUUCUUGUGGGAUCCAUGAUGGUCCGCGCCGUCACCGAGAUCAACUGGAGGUAUAUGGGCGAUGCCGUUCCCGCCUUCAUCACCCUCGCACUCAUGCCCUUCACCUACUCCAUUGCCGACGGUCUCAUCGGCGGUGUCUGCAGUUACAUCCUCAUCAACGGCCUUGUCUGGGUCAUUGAGAAGGCCUCUGGCGGUCGCAUCGUUCCCCACAACAAGAGCGAGAAGGACCCCUGGACCUGGCGCAUUCCUGGCGGCAUCCUGCCUCCCUGGGUCCGCCGCCUUGCCAAGGGAAAGAAGGACUUCUGGCGCUCUGACGAGCACCGCCAGACUGCCGCUUCCGAGCCCCAACCCCUGGAGAAGACCAUCAGCUCCGAGCAGGGUGGCUCUGUUACCGGAAAGGACAAGGAGAUUGGAGAGACCAUCACCCCCCACGGUGACAGGUCCUCAUCAUAGUCGGAGUAAAAGAAGUCGUUUUCGAGGAGUUUUGUGGGAUAUCAGUCAUUUAAGUACCACAUUGGGGAAUUGGAUAGGAUACCCGAAUGAUGAUGCAGUUUCGUCUAUUAUUAAUUGCCUUUCGUUGAAAGUACGAUAGAACCAAUCUAAGAUAAAUGGUGGAUCAUCCCAUCAGUGUUGAUAACCCCA